CGAGCGCAGAGGCGAUAACCUGCCGCAGGGUGUAUCUCAAUCACAGGCACGCGCUUGUGCUUUUCGCAUUGGAUUACUGCUCCAAAGACGAGGGAGGUGGACAGUUCACUCUGACACGCUUUACUCCAGGUGAAAAAUGAAGCUCCUGUUAGCGACAAUAGCCCUUGGGCUCCUCCUACUGGCCGAGGGUGGUAUGGCAAAGCGCGUGUUGCGGACGAGGAGGGAGCUGAACAGCCCGCUGCACAGGGGCGGGAUUCGGGACCCUAACGGGUCGUACUGCGCAAGGAGGGGGGGCUGCUGCCCGGGACGGGACGACCAGUGCACCGUCCCCUACCUGGACACCAUCUGCUACUGUGACCUGUUCUGCAACCGCACCGUCUCCGACUGCUGCCCUGACUUCUGGGGGCACUGCCUGGGCAUCCCACCCCCCUUUAUCGGGGCUUGUGAGAGAAACGGACACAGAUUCCAUUCUGGGGCCACGUACAAAGAGAACUGCAACUUAUGUACGUGUGCGAGCUCGGGACGCUGGGAAUGCGAGCAGCACGCCUGCCUGAUCGAGGGAGACAUGAUCGAGUGGAUCAACAGAGGACACUACGGCUGGCGGGCAGGGAACUACAGCCAGUUCUGGGGCAUGACUCUGGACGAGGGCCUGCGCUAUCGGCUGGGAACCCAGCGGCCGUCCCGCACCGUGAUGAGCAUGAACGAGAUCCAGAUGAAAAUGGACAACGCAGAAUACAUGCCUUCUUACUUCAACGCAGCAGAGAAAUGGCCAGGAAAGAUCCAUGAGCCACUGGAUCAGGGGAACUGUGCUGCCUCUUGGGCCUUUUCUACUGCAGCUGUGGCGUCAGACCGCAUCUCCAUCCAAUCUAUGGGUCACAUGACCCCUCAGCUGUCACCCCAGAACCUCAUUUCCUGUGACACCCGUAACCAGGGGGGCUGCGCCGGGGGACGGAUCGACGGCGCCUGGUGGUACCUGCGGCGCAGAGGGGUGGUGACGGAGGAGUGCUACCCCUUCACGCCCCCACAGCAGACCCCGGCCCAGGGGGCUCGCUGUAUGAUGCAGAGCCGGUCAGUGGGGCGGGGGAAGAGGCAGGCCACAGCACACUGCCCCAACAGCCACAGCUACCACAACGAGAUCUACCAGUCCACCCCUCCCUACAGGCUGUCCUCCAACGAAAAAGAGAUCAUGAAGGAGAUCAUGGAUAAUGGACCAGUGCAAGCUAUCCUUGAAGUGCAUGAAGAUUUCUUCGUCUACCAGAGCGGGAUCUACAGGCACACGAACGUCAACGCCCACAAGCUCCCCCACUUCCGCAAGCAUGGCACCCACUCCGUGAGGAUCACUGGGUGGGGAGAGGAGAGAGACUAUACCGGGCAAGUACGGAAAUACUGGAUCGCGGCCAAUUCCUGGGGAAAGAACUGGGGAGAGAACGGCUACUUCCGCAUCGCCCGCGGGGAGAACGAGUGCGAGAUCGAGGCCUUCGUCAUCGGCGUGUGGGGUCGCGUCACCAUGGAGGACAUGCACAACCACCACCCCCACCACCACCAGCAGCAGCAGCAGCGACACCAGCGUUACCGCCGCCAGCGCCAGUAGAGGCGUGGCCUCGGCCCACUUCCAGCCCAGCCCGCCUCCUGCAUCUAAGGGAUCCACGCACACAGCAAACCUCCGCUUUAAGACGCCAAAACUCGGCCAGGCGCUGGGGUUGCCUUCAGCCCCCGCCCCACCCGGCUGGCUUCAGGACACAACAGCAAACACCUCAGGUCUCACUUCCAAAGAUCACACCUCACUGGCUCCCACAGCACUGGUCUGCUAUAAAUGUUUUUAUUUUUGUGAGUUUCCUGCUCCCUGGACACCGAAAGGACAAAUCUUUAGCUAAUCUCAGUUUUUUUUUUUCUUUAUUUGGGCCGACAAGAUAAAUGGAUCUCUUUCUUCAAGAUUUUUUUUUUCUUUCCUUUUUAUAACUAUCCUUUUCUUUUCUUUUUUUUUUUUUUGCUUUGUGUUUUCAGCGAAGGACUCCCAGCGGACAGGCUGGCUUUAAGAAACCAGCAGGGACAGACACAGAGGGUAGCCAGUGCCUCUCCGUUGUUCGCUCGGGUUGCGAGAGAGGAACUAACACUCCACUCAUUCUACACUCCCGGUUUUAUCACUCAAGGAGCUAACACUCACUCUCUUCCUGUCUUUAACAGGCUGACUUCCUGUCCCUGUCUGUCACAUUAUCGGCCUGUCAGAGACUCCCUCUGAUACAGGCCCAACGCAUAACUCCUCACAUUCCCAGAGUAGCGUGAACCAUAGACUGGGGGGGGGAGGGCGCUGGUGAUCUCUUCAGUCAGGGCCAAAGGUUAAAAAAAAUACUGCUUUACAUUCUAUGAACGUGGUAGUCCACGUGUCAGGCAUGAAAUUCCAUAUUCUAAGAAAGAUUCCCCUCUGCUGAUUGGGGUUUACCAAAGGUUAGAACAGUGCUGUGUUUGACUACUAAUGCCUUUUAUUAUGCCUUUAUAAUGUAACAUAUCAAAAUACCGUGUGGACAUCCAUGAAUCAGAACAACCUCAUUAUUUCCUACAAUGCACCACAAAUGGGCCACCUUCAGCCAAAAUGGCCAAAACACAUAAAAAAACAACAGGCUGAGAGUCUGUAUUAACAUUUGAGAGACUUUUUUAUUGCGUUGCAUCCUAUUGGGUGAUCCCUCACUGGAAAUCCUCCUUAAUAUAUGUAAACACACAACAAAAGUGUUUGAGAUGUUUCUGUUGAAUAACUUGUGGCAGGUGAAGAGUUUCAAAGCCCAGAUCCUAGAGAACUCCAAUCCAGUUCAUUUUAUACCCCUCCCCCACAGUCCCCUUCCAACAAAAAAAGAAAAAAUAUUUUGAGCGAUGGAGACAGAUGAGUUAUAAGAGUUAUAUCGUCUGGGAUUUCAGUGCUUUUAGUGUGCUGUAUGAGAAGAAUUCGUAAGCUUUGUUCAUAACGCAAUUCCCCUGCAGACAGAGAGGAGUGAUAUCAAGGAGUUAACUGAACACAGAAAUGUAACGAAAGUGGGGAAAAGCAAGAUGAUAUAGAUAUUUUCCAUUUAUUAACCAGUUCUCCUUUCUUUUGGGUGUCUGUUGACAUUCGUCGAUUGAUGAGAUGAGGUCUGUCAAAGCGUUGGAUUCGACCGCUCCUGGUCAAGGGUCGACCAUUCUUGUAUUAUAGUCUUAAUCUAUUUUAUUCUGUAUUCUAUGUUGAGAUUAUAAUUUUAGACUGAUAUUAUUGUUAUUAUUAUUAUUGUUGUUGUUGUUGUUGUUGUUAUUGCUAUUAAUUGAUUGACUGCUGUAAGAGACUCAGAGUUUCCCUCGAUGAGCAAAUAUAUCGUCCUCCUCACCUCUCCUUCCUGCUCAA